UGUCGUCGUAUAAAAACCGAGGAAUCGAUCAUAUGAAGCACACUCAGACUCAUCUCCUCAUAGCACGUUCACCAUGAAGGCAUUCCUAGUUUCAUUGUUGUUCGUCUCCGUUUUCGCCGAUGUGACGGAGAAAAAACAUGACAAACGUGCUUCCGUACACGGAGGAUCAUCGAUAUAUGAUCAUGGCCACAUUCCCCACGGUGACGUUGAGUUCCAUGGACCCGGAUAUGGGCAUGGAUACGGGCAUGGAUACGGGCAUGGAUACGGGAAUGGAUACGGGCAUGGAUAUGGCCAUGGAUAUGGAUAUGGGAAUGGAUAUGGGCAUGGAUAUGGGCAUGGAUUUGGACAAGGAUAUGGACACGGGUACGGAGGGAUUGGAUCUGAAAUCAAUUUUAUAGGGGGACCCCAUGGUCACAGACCAAGUUUCGGCAUCGGUGUAGAACACGGACCCUUACAUCACGUACCCAGAACCGUCGUGAAUCGCGUGGUUCCAGUUGCAGUUCCCAUACCUCAACCGGUUCCCGUAACACGACAAGUCCCCGUACCGGUGCCGCAUCCCGUACCCGUCGAAGUGAAGCGCCCCGUUCCCAUUCCGGUACCUCAACCGGUUCCAGUUUUCGUUACCAAAACCUAUCCCGUUAACGUACCCCGUCCGGUUCCAGUACCGGUGCCUCAUGCCGUACCUGUACCACACCCGGUGCCGCACCCGGUCCCAGUUCCGCAUCCAGUUCCGGUACCAAUUCACACACCAGCCUCAGUUUCAAUCUCCCAACCCAUACCGAUUAAUUCUGAUCCAUAUCCACUGUCCGCUAGACCAAUCUCUGUCUCUCAACCUAUCAUAUCAACCGGUGUUCAAUCCCAAUACGACCCAAUACGACCAAUCGCUCCCAUUGGGAUUGGAUCUGUCGAUGCAGUAGGAACCGGCACAAUAUUGGGAGAUGGACACAAUUCUGGACUUGCCAUUUCUAGCGUCGCACACGGUGAUGAUAACUUCGGCUCCCUCAUAGGCUCGGGGCUUCACGUGAACGUGGAUCCCGGCAGCGAGGGAUACUCUUAUCCGGUACCAGGAAAGAAAUUCUUUUAAGCAAAGCACUCGAAAGAAUCUGUUACAGGCGACAUCUCCGAUUUGCACGCCGAUGCGAUACAUCUGCCAUUUUCGAGACCUCGGAUAUACAGCACGCGGCUGGCCCAAGUCACGCCAUACCCAUUUAUCCCGCGUUUCACUUGAUAUUUAUGGAUACUGCAUACUGCGGAAGGUCCGCAUGAGUCGUGCCCUCGAUUAAAAUUCCGCUUAAAACCACAAAACGAAAGAGAUCGAGGUAUAUAAAUAUAUUGGCAUUUA